UGAUCAUAUUUUAGAAAUAUGUGCCUCAAGACGUGGAACGUCUGUUCUGCAGUCUCAGCGAGCAACUUGCGUGUCCGGCCUACACCGUUCCCUUGGCAGUGAGCUUUGAGGAGCAACUGUUGCUGCUCCUUAGCAUGGCCCUGCGAUGGGACUCGGCUGGAGACGAUAUCCAUCAAUAUCAUAAGGAGUGCAUCGCCCUGUCAAAGCUAAUGGACAUCUCUGUGGAUGCGCAGAGGUUUGCAAAGAGCUACUUCCACAACAGGCCAGCACCGUUCGAGAAAAGCCAAAGUAAUUCCAGCAGUGUCCCCAGCAAAAGGGCAAAGAACGCAAAGGCCAGCCAAAAGUUAGAUGAACUGGAGCUCUUGAAAUGUUGCUACCAGUUGCUGCGAAGUGACACGUCCUACUUCCGUGACUUGUGGGUCCGGCUUCAUUGCCACCUACUCGCACCUCGAGACCCCCUGCCCGAUGAUACAACUCUACUGCAACUACAUCAUGGCCAUGCUCACGAAUAUGAGCCCAACACAGCGGAAUGCCCAAAAUGCCAAGAUAUCCACAGAAGCACAGCUCCGAUUUGAACGCGAGAAGGAACAGUCAUGGGCCGUAGCCAGGCAGGCCGAGGGCUGCUGCUAUUCUCCCGAAGACGAAACGCCUGAACAGAUGCUGAGCCUGAGCCUCAACCAGAGUGUGACCAACAUUGAGGGCGUACUCUUGCCGACAUUCAACAAGAAGAAUCAGGAAUUCUAUGCAAGCACUGACGGCUGCUACGAUCGCAUUGUAAAGGUGGAUUCGACGGUUGUAAAUCUGCGGAGCAUUGCCCUCGGCGUCGCAGCGGCCAAGCCGAUUUGCCUCUCCGGUCCUGUGGGCUGUGGCAAGACGACGCUUAUUGAGUAUCUGGCCUGCAAGACGGGACACAUUUGCCCCAAGCCCAAGGAGAUUGACACUCGCGAAAAGGCGCUGCGAAAGGCUGAAGAGGAGGACAAAUUGUUGACACCAAAAAAAGGAAAAAAGGGGAAAGAAAAGAAGCGGAAACUGGAGGAGGACCUUCCCAUCGACCAGGCAUUGCUGGAUCUGGGUGAAAUGUCGCAAAAGCAUGGCUUUCUACGGAUACAGCUGGGCGACCAGACCGACAGCAAAAUGCAAUUGGGCCAAUAUCGCUGCACAGAUGUGCCUGGGGAAUUCGUUUGGCUUCCUGGUGUCCUCACGCAGGCUGUCAUGCAUGGCUACUGGCUGUUGCUGGAGGAUCUGGAUGCCGCCACCCAAGACACCUACACAAUUCUGAGCAGUUUGCUGGAGAGGCAGUGCCUGAGCGUUCCCGGCUUUCACGACUCUGUGCAGAUUGAGCCAGGCUUUCAAUUGUUUGUCACAGUGCGGACCAACAAAUCGGCCAGCAAUUCGGGACAGAAAUCGCUCUAUUCGCUGCUGGAUAAAUAUCUGUAUACGAUCAACGUUUUGCCGCUUUCCCGCAACGAGCUGUGCAAGGUGGUCAGCACCAACUAUCCCAAGCUGGCGACCGUCGCCAAUCGAGUGGUGGACGUGUUCCUUACCUUCUCCAGUGGCAAUCACAUGGCCGCCGACAAUCUGCGUCAGCAGGAUUCGAACGACAAGGCGGACAACACGGAGAAGUACGUGGCGCUGCCCUUUAAGCAGGUCACACUCUCAUCCAGUCCGAACUCGGGCCCCCUAAAGUCGGCCCGGGAUCUGGUCAAGCUGUGCCAGCGUUCGAAUGCCCAGUUCUCGGUGACCAGCGCCGAGUGUGCCUACUUUAUGUUCCAGAAUGCCGUCGAUGUAUUCUGUUCGUAUCUGCCGCAUAGUAGGGAGAAGAUCACGCUGAUCACGAGCAUCGGCGCCAAGUUGGGCAUCAUUCGCUCCAGAUGCGAGCAUUUCGCUAAUGAAUACAAACCUGAUGUGGAUUUUGGACUGGAGAUUAUCAAGAUCGGACGUGCCAGUCUCCUGGCCAAGUCCGAGCUGCUGUCCAAUAAUGAGAAUGGGGAGCAGCUCUCAGAGCAAGACCUGAAGCGACAGAAACUAACCGAGCAGACCAGGAGGGCCAUCGGCCAGACCAGCGUCAAGCGUGCCACCUUCUCGUUUACACGUCUCGCCAGCUGCAUCUUGGAACGGAUUGCCGUCUGUGUGAGCCACUCGGAGCCCGUGCUGCUGGUGGGAGAGACGGGUGGGGGCAAGACCUCCUCCGUGCAGUAUCUGGCCGAGCGCACCGAACACAAGCUGGUCGUCGUGAACAUGAACAACCAGUCGGAUGUCUCGGAUCUCGUGGGCGGAUUCAAGCCCGUCGAACUCAACUACGUGCACUUGCUCUGCGAGACCUUCAAUGCCGAGAUGAACAUGCAGUUCCUCCGGAUCUUUGCCACGCAUUACAACAGCGGCCGGCACAGUGUCAUCAUACGCACUAUGAUCAGCCUGUGCUAUCAGGUGUUCAGGAACACGGAUCUAACGAGCCACCAGAUGGUGCCGCGUUGGCGCACGCUUUGCGAGAAGCUGCAGAAGCUGCAGACACAGCUGGACAAGAGCAUUAACAUUUCGUUUGCCUUCAUACCCGGUUCCCUGGUGAACUGCAUCAGCAAAGGCUGCUGGACGAUAAGCUAUCGUCUUAUCGGCGAUAAGCUGAAGCCCCCGUGAACCACUGGCUUGGAAAAUUCUGGAAAGUCACAUCGGUCCGCUUUGGUAAUAAUGUUGCAAUGUGUUGUUUAAGCUGGCUUUUAACUUUUACAAAUCACACCGGUUCAGCAAUUAUUUUGCUUCCCACUCCCACUCACAACAAUUUGGCGCAAUGCCGGUUUUGGGGAUGCCAAACCUAAACAAACCGGAAGGUUGCCAGACUGCUGGCACUGCUGUGCUGCACACAGAUGUUCGCAUUGAACUGUGUGGCAACCAUUGCAAGGUGCGCUGCACGUGUUUCAAAUUCGCGUGUGUUGCUUGUUCAUUCCCGGGUCUGAGCUCUGAAAUUAAUUCGAAAGCAGUUAAAAGUAGCUCGAAAGAAAUAACAGUAUCCGAAUACAGUUGACCGGCUACCAAGGCAAUGGAGGUAAAUGCCAUCAAGCUACGAUUUUGUGCACAGCGACUUCUGCAGUUGACUGCCAACGAGCCAAGACAAUUUGUUUGUUCAAAAUGUACAGAAGUUUAUCAGAAAGAAGUCUCAGCGAGCAACUUGCGUGUCCGGCCUACACCGUUCCCUUGGCAGUGAGCUUUGAGGAGCAACUGUUGCUGCUCCUUAGCAUGGUCAAAGCUAAUGGACAUCUCUGUGGAUGCGCAGAGGUAAGUAGAGGUCUCUGUGGAUGCGCAGAGGUUUGCAAAGAGCUACUUCCACAACAAGCCAGCACCGUUCGAGAAAAGCCAAAGUAAUUCCAGCAGUGUCCCCAGCAAAAGGGCAA